AUGGCCCGCCCCCCAAACCCUAACCCCGCCUCGUCCUCUGGCCCCUCCCACCACCCCGCGAGUGCCGUUUCCGCCACCACCGUUGCCUCUACAGGGUCCACAGAGACGUGCGUGGCUCCCCUCAUCGGAGCGGCUUCUCCGGACCUGCCCACCCUGUGCCAGGUGGGCACUGCCCUCUCGCCCGGACGCCCUGGCCGCUGCCCCGUCACAUCUACAGCCGGCUCCUCCUUCAGCGUCCUGCGGUCAUCACAAGUGCCGAGCAGGGCCGCAGUCUCGCGGGACGUCUCGACCAGGGUGGCAUCAGUGUGGCCAGUCCGGGUACUGGCUGGGCCCUCCCUCAGCUUCGCACACGUGGGUCCCUCCACGGGAGGCCGCCAGGGCCUUAGGAGUAGCUGCCAGGUCCUGCUGCCCGCCGGACGGGAGGGGGUGCCACGCAAGGUGGGCCGGGGUCCAGAACCUGCCCGGCGCUCAUCAUCCCCCGAGUCCUUGUCACCGUCCCAUCUCGCUUGGAUGACCCUCCCUGGCCCCCAUCCCACGCCGGCCGGCAGGGCAGCCAAGGGGCCCACGGUGACCCGGGUCCUGCCCCCAGCACUCCGCCCGCAGCCCGCCCGGGGCCCUCUUGCCACGGGCAGCUCCCAGCCCACGGCUGAGCGUCUCAGUGUCGGGGGGAGGUGGACAGCCCAGCCCCGCGGGCUUCCAGCGAAGGACCCGCGGGAGGACACAGGGUCUGUGUGGGCGCCGGGGUGUGGAGACCUGAGGCGCGUCGUGGCCGUUAGAGCGGGGGCCCUUGGGGUCCUCGUUAGGGCGGGAGGCCUGCGGACCACACUGGCCGGUCCUCCAGUCCCCGUGUGUGUAACUGGCAUGGACGCCUGUUCCGCUGGGGCGACCCCUGAGCUGGAUUCUCACAGGGAAGGGUGCGCUCUUGUGGUGGGACCCCGGUGGGAGCUUCGUGCCCGCCAAGGGCGAGCAGCGCCCACCGCGCUCUGGGGAGGAAAGGGGGCCGAGGCUAGGCCUCUCAGCCCCGCGGGGUCCCGGUCAGUCGCCGGGCCGGCCCUGCAGCGCCCGCUGCCCCCGGACUUCCCGCUGCGACUGGAUGGCAUGGGCUGGGCUGGUGUUCUGAGCAGAACCGCUGGGCAUGUGGCUGGAGGCGGGGAGGCCGGUGGGCUCGGGGAGCGUGCGUGGCCACAGUUUGAACGUGCUCUUUUCUGUCCCCAUGGAGAAAGCAGACUGGACACAGCCGUCCCACAGCACGGGCCGGGGCAUCCCGGGCGUCGGCUGCCCGCGAGCCCAGGACGGUCACUGCCCAGGCUUCAGCCCUGCCCCUCCAGUCUAGGCCUGGCAUGA